GCAGCCAUCUAAUAAAUACUCGCUAAACCCUACCGACCUAGGCGGCGAGGCGGGACCCGGGGGCGGCUUAGGGUUUUUGUAAGGAGGCCUGGGUGCUAGUACGCCUCCAACAACCCAGCCCUACUCCGCUCUUUUACCAACAGACAACGGAACCCAUCCGUCAUGGAAAGAUCAUGGAAAGAGCUAGAAAGAGCUUUGGAUACAAGUGUCUUCCUGGAGAAGUAUCAUCCAGGAGAAAGCCAACGUUUCCACUGGUCAACUAACGCCUGUCUAUAUAUGUAGAUGGACGAGUCGCUCAACUGGGACAAGCUCGUUACCAGAAACCGCACACUCAAAAGAUCUCCUGUUCGGAGGUGUUCGACUGGCGUGAUUGGACACGGCUGUUCAUACUCUCCGCUACCCGCAGAAAAGCCACAUGUGGUAUUCGCUGCCGGAAUGUUCGUCUCUCAGGGGGUUAAGCACUCCAAGUCGAUUCGAGGAGCACAUAUAUAUCAAGUCGGAACUAUGGCUCCCUACCAGAUCCGGAGAGACUAUAAUCUCAGGCCAGAGGCGGACAACUCCAAGGUCAACAAAUAUGUGAUUCCAAUUGCCCUUGGCGGCCAUCCUGCUUUCCGCAAACAUUGCGUCGAGAGAGAGUCGAACAGAACAACUACAAACUGCUAUAUAUAUAUGUGUGCCUGCAUGUAUGGAGAAACCGGGGUAUUGUGUCUAAAGAGGUUUUCAGGGGCACUAGAGAAACAUGAUCCACGGAGACUAGGCUGUGAUUGGUCAACCAGGCGGGCAGCAAUCGCCUCUCGCAGUCCCAAUCGACAUAAGGGGGGUUCAUCGACGCUAUUGCACUCACACCUGAUGACCAACGCAACUCCCAAGGUGUGUCGCACACAACGUGUCUUAGACCCUUCUCGAGCGGCAAUAGCUCAAGAGUUGGGCCAACGAGGACUUCAGCCGCCCACUUUUUGUGAUAUGUUUACAGCACAUUGUUCAGCCCCUGAUUCUACGCGGGCCCAUUAGUGGCGAUCGCCCCCUUAUGACGCGCAUUCGAGUCGGCGGCAUUUCUAAAAUCCCCAUUCAUUUUUGCGGCAAUGCUGAUAUUCUGCUUGCAAGGCGAUAUUUCCGCGCGGCGGCCCUAGUAAUUAGACUUAUCG